AUGGUUCACUUGUUUCAAAUUCGAUUAGAGGAUGAUACCCUUACUAUGCGCGGCACAACAUCAGAAUCAGUUGGGUGUGUCCUUCGUGGUCAACUUGUCUUGGCCAUCACGGAGCCCACAAAGAUUCGGGAAGUCAAAUUAACUUUUCAAGGAACAUCAAAAAUUUCUUGGACUGAUGGUGCCGGUACCAGACAAUUUUAUCGCGCAGAAGAGAGAAUCAUAUACCAACAUGAAUGGGUUUUCCUACCAGCUCAAAAGAACCUUCAUGUUCUUCAACCUGAUAAUUAUCAUUGGGAUUUUGAAUUGGUUUUACCUGGAACCCUACCCGAGACAAUCGAAGGUUGUGAACGUGGAAGCAUCGAUUAUCGAUUAAAAGCCAUCGCUGAAAGGCCUACUCUGGCAAUUAACUUUACCGCCAAACGCAAGGUGACCAUACAAAGAUGUCUGCUACCAAGCUCACUUGAAUAUAUGCAAAGUAUGAUAGUGUCCAAUAUUUGGACCGACAAGAUGGAAUAUGAAUUCAACGUUGACUACAAGGCCUAUACGCUAGGCGACACAAUUCGUGUAUCCAUGGAUUUAAGACCAUUGAAAAAGCACCUGAAUAUAACGAAAUUUAGCUGUAUACUCAAAGAAUAUAUCACCUAUCAUGUUGGAAUUCACGCAAAGGAAGAAGCUCGAGUUGUUUGCUGUUAUUUAGAUUCGGAACUUCCCGAAGAAGGCGAAACUUGGAUAAAAUCCUUCGAGGUUCCUCUACCAAAAACAUCUUCCUUGUGCCAUUACGAUUCGCAAAACGAAAUUAUUGACAUCAAACAUAAGUUGAAGUUCAACGUAGCGUUCACAGAGGACGGCAAGAACCCUUCGGAAUUAAGAGCUGCGAUGCAAAUUAUAAUCACUCCCAUCUCCCCCACCAGUGAUCGCAUGAUAUUGCCAGCUUACAGAGAACAUCAAAAUGACCAGCUUUUUUUGGAAGAUUGCGAUUGGCCUUCUUCCCCUUCUUCCUCUGCUUCCUCGAUAAGUUCAUCUUCAUUUUCAGAUUCGCUCUCUGUAAAUUCGGAUACUUUACCUUCUUAUCGAAGCAUAGCUUCUUGUAUACCUGCUCCUCUAGCAGAUUCACUACUACCUCCCACAUAUGAUAAUAAUCUUGUCGUAUGA